AAAAGACAUGUGCUCUAGCCAUUGGGGACUUAGAAGUAUUAAGAGUUCUUUCAUUGCCGAUACAAACUAAAAGAACAUGAAAAUUAUAUCAAUAACAUGUUUAAUCCUUAUUGGCCUCAUCUCUUGGUCCACUGCGCUCGUUCAUUACAAGAAGCUGGAAAAAGGAGCAAAUGGAUGCUUAUUAGAUGGUAAGGAGUUGGAAGUGGGUGGAACUGCAAAAGAUCCGAAUACGUGCGGAGUUUACGUUUGUCAGAAUACUGAAGGCGAUUCCCUGAUUCAUUAUUGCCAGAAGCCAGCUCCUUUUGCGAACUGUGCAAAUGAUGGUGUGUCCACAGUCACCGAAUUUCCCCAAUGCUGCUGGAUGUGUGUAAACUAUGUUAGUUGUGGGGAUGCACCAAAAGAACCUGAUGCACCUCCAAAAACUGAUGAACCUCCAGAAACUGAUGCAGACUUACAACCAAAAUAAACAUGACAUUAAUUUUGUUUACUUUAAAUAUAAUAUUUAAGCCCUGUGUAUGUUAUGUAUUCCUU